AUGUCGUCCAGUGGCACCCUCAGCAACUACUACGUGGACUCGCUCAUAGGCCAUGAGGGCGACGAGGUGUUCGCCACGCGCUUCGGGCCACCAGGGCCGGGGACACAGGGCCGGCCCUCAGGUGUGGCCGAUGGCCCGACCGCCGCCGCCGAGUUCGCCUCGUGUAGUUUUGCCCCCAAAUCGACCGUGUUCUCCGCCUCGUGGUCCGCGGUGGCCGCCCAGCCCCCGGCGGCGGCGACGAUGAGCGGCCUGUACCACCCGUACGUGUCCCCGCCACCCCUGGCCACCGCCGAGCCGGGUCGCUACGUGCGCUCCUGGAUGGAGCCUCUGCCCAGCUUCCCUGGCGGCGCGGGUGGUGGCGGUGGCAGUGGUGGCGGCGGUGGCGGAGGCCCGGGUUCCGUUCCCAGUCCUGGCGGCCCAGCCAACGGGCGCCACUACGGGAUUAAGCCUGAAACCGGAGCGGCCCCGGCCCCCGCCGUAGCCUCCACCUCCUCCUCCACCUCCUCGUCCUCCUCCUCCUCCAAACGGACUGAGUGCUCCGCGGUCCGCGAGUCCCAGGGGAGCGGCGGCCCAGAAUUCCCGUGCAACUCGUUCCUGCGGGACAAGGCGGCGGCGGCGGCGGGAGGGAACGGGCCCGGGGUGGGAAUCGGGGCCGGGCCUGGGGCGGGAGGCUCGUCUGAGCCCUCAGCUUGCAGCGAUCACCCGAGCCCGGGCUGCCCGCUGAAGGAGGAGGAGAAGCAGCAGCCGCAGCCGCCGCAGCAGCAACUUGACCCAAACAACCCCGCAGCGAACUGGAUCCACGCUCGCUCCACCCGGAAAAAGCGCUGUCCUUACACCAAAUACCAGACGCUGGAGCUGGAGAAGGAAUUCCUCUUCAACAUGUACCUCACCCGGGACCGGCGCUAUGAGGUGGCCAGGAUUCUGAACCUUACAGAGAGACAGGUCAAAAUCUGGUUCCAGAACCGUAGGAUGAAAAUGAAGAAGAUGAGCAAGGAGAAAUGCCCCAAAGGAGAUUGACCCAGUGCGGCCCUGGCCCGCAGCGGUCAAAGGCAGCGGAUUUUGGUUUUUGUUUUGUUUUUUUUUUUUUUUUGUUUUUGUUUUUGUUUUUUUUUUUUUCCUUUGUGGGUGCUUGAUUCAGAAACUCUUCAGCAACUCGGACUGUUUUCUUCUUUUUUAGGUAGAAUUGACUGUGUGGUUGGUCUCUGUGAGUUAUUUGGGGACACUGUAUUUGCUCGCAUAUGUGUUGGAGAAACCAAGUGGCUUUGGGGUUUUGUCCUAUCCCCCUCCUUCCCUUUCCUGCUCCAUUGGUUCCUUAGGAAAUGCUCUAUUUUGUGGGUGCACGCAGGCUUGAUGAAGCCCCCUCCUGUGUAACUGUCCCUCAUGUUUCUGAAAAGCUCUGUAGUUUAGACUCACCCCAUCCAGCCUCCCAAACAGGGCCAACUAUCCAAUUCCCAGAAUCUGAAGGCAGAGGGAGAUUGUGGACACCCCCGCUGAGAUCCCAGCCUAAACGCAACCCAGCUGCUCACCGCAGGAAAGCCCCUUUCCUCAGAGGGCCCAUGGGCUGACUUCCAGUGAGGCCUACCGAGAAGCCCUGGGGCGUCGCGGGGUGCGGGGAAGGCUUAGUCCUCUGAGCCCAGGAGGAGCUACUCUUUCCUCAGGAGGGCUGGACUCCCUUGAAAGGCCCCGGGUGCUGGCACUCCAUGUUUUUGCUUGAGGACCAGUUGUAAAAUGUUACCGCUUCCAACAAAUAAAUGCUGAUCUGAGCAAACGGAGCCCAGCCGCUGGCCCUGAA